UGGUGAAUCAAUCCCUGUGUCUGGUCACGUGGCAGUCACAUGAGAUCAUUAUCGCGAUAAGUCAGCCUCGAGUCCAUCGCGAUAUCGAGGCUGGGCAUUCCUUUCACGACAAAGUGUUUCGUACGGUUCCUGCAUUCACCUCGUGGUACGGAGGACAUACAUGUUCAUCGGACAAUUCGGUUGUGUAUAUAUGAGCAGACGAACCAGGUGAAAUAGAGUAUAUCGCCUAUCUAAAUCUCCUCCACCGUCUCCGCCCGUUUCAAAAAGGGGCAGCCUGCAUUGCGCUCUUCUGCGCUCAUAACGAUGGGUCUUACGGCCGCCGAGAUCAUGGCGCAUCCCGCCUACAACACUGUGGAAUGGGACUUACCGCCGACGAAGAAGGGGACGGCACAAGUCGCCAACGGACGACCAGGUGGACCAUUCAAUCUAUACUGGGAGGUCCACGGCACUGGACCUACCAAGUUGGUGUUCAUAAUGGGCUUGGGCGGCUACCGGACUGCAUGGAAACGACAGACCAAGUACUUCGGCCACGAAAGAUCGAAGCAGUACUCCUCUUUUGUGUAUGACAACCGCGGCAUGGGCCUCAGCGACAAGCCGACGUGUCGGUACACAACGACCGAGAUGGCCAGAGACACAGUCGACAUACUGACGCACAUCGGCUGGAUUCCUUCGUCAACGUCGUCAACACCCCCGAAACGAGAUCUCCACGUCAUCGGCGUCAGCAUGGGCGGCAUGAUCGCACAAGAAGUCGCGCUCCUCAUUCCCCAGCACGUCUCUUCGUUAAGCCUUGUCAGCACGGCGCCGCGACUAGUCCGCACGAUUCCGUUCAUCGAGAACCUCCGCCAGCGCAUCAACAUGUUUAUCCCGCGCGAUAUUGACGUCCAGCUGGACGAGACUGCACAUCGGUUAUUCAGCGACGAGUUCCUGUUGUUACCAGACAACGAGAACUCGCCAGAUUCUGGGCUGAAUUACCCGACGACCCGAGAUCGUUUUGCGGCCGGCGAGUUGUCCAAGCGUCUUGACAAGGAGGGCUUCACGAGGAAAGGGUUCAUCUUGCAAGCUGUCGCGGCAGGGUGGCAUUACAAGAGCGUCGAGCAGGUCAAGCAGAUUGGCGAUAAGGUUGGGAGGCCAAGGAUCGCUGUGCUGCACGGCACAAAGGACCGGAUGAUCACGUUCCAUCACGCGGAGAUGCUGAAAGAGCAGCUUGGCGAGGGUAUCGAGUACAAAGUCUGGGAAGGUAGAGGGCAUGUCCUGCUAUGGGAGAUCGAAAGCGAGUUCAACGGCUUCUUGGAGGAGUUCUUUACCAGGUGUGAGAAGAUGGAAAGCUAGCACCGGCGUUAUGUCGCGUGGAGGGGUUAGACGGCCCAAGGGUGUUUGGAAUGCAUGCAAGAAGGGUUUGCAUUGAGCGUAUCCGGCGU